ACUUGUUUUGAACAAGUUUCACCAGGUUUCUUGAGAUAUUUUCGUCACCCAUUUCGUUAAUUAUCACCCAUGAACGUUGUGGACAAUGCGAUGAGUAGAAACAUUUUCAAGUCCGGUCUUCCAUAUACAUCUGCAGUUGAGGCCACUGCAAAAGCGGAUAAAUUUGCCGCGAAAGAUGACCGGGAACUUCGGGCAAAGACCAAACAGGCGAUACUACAGGAACUAAAUGAGCAAUUACGUGUGAAGGCCGAAAAAAUCAAAUUGAAAACAAAGACUGGUUUGGAUGAAGGUGUGGUGUAUGAUGACAGCCAAACAGGAGGCGUAGGUCUGAGUGAUCAUCGGUUUUUAAUUUCUUCCCCAGGCCCAGAAAGUGAGAUGAGGUCAGACAGGGUGAUUACUAUCACCUCCCCACCCUCAAGAAUACCAGUUCUUCGCCUCAAACAGCCAGCACAUGUACCCCAAUCCAAACCAACCGGUGUUAAACAUUUGGCAAGGGAGCGGAGACGCCAACAGCGCCCUGCAACAUAUCGCCCAGGCUAUGAAUGGAAUAGAGGUGGGAGGCUGAAAGAACUAAGAAUUAGGAACCUUGCCAGAAAAUAUUUCUACAUUUGGAUGAGAAAUGCAUAUGGUAGAGUUAGACCUUCAGUCGUGAGGAAUCAUUACAGUCGUGCCUUACUACAGAAGACAUUCCAUGGUUGGUAUAGUGUGUAUUGGACUGAAAGAAAAGAAUGGAGACUAAUGGUUCGAGCAGAAUAUCAUGACAGGUAUUCAACAUGGAGAAAAGUUUGGUUGGCAUGGAAACACUUUGUCAUUAUCCAGAGGAUUAAAAAUGCUAAAAAGGACAUUGCAACCCAGCACGCUGAUAAGAAGGUUCUUGGUAGAGUAAUUGAAAGUUGGAGGACUUACGUCUUCACAAGACGAAAGAAGAAUGAUUUGUACGCCAUUGCUCGAAACAAAGCAUCCAACGCAUUAACAAAAUCUACUUGGCUAGAGUGGAGGUAUCAGUUGAAUAAGAAAUACAUGCAGUAUGAUGUGGAAAACUAUGCAUUACAACACUGGGCUACUGCCAUGGUAUUGAAGUCCUGGAAAAUAUGGAGAGAGAAAUUUAAUCUUCGAUACAAAGAUAAACAGAAAGAGAUAAAGGCAGUUGAGUUUUAUAAUGGGUCAUUGGUGUCAAGAUGUUUUUAUAAAGGUUGGAUUGAAUACAUUGUACAGAGAAGAAUUGAACACAAUGAAAGAGCAUUUGCUGAUAAGUUCUACCAUGAUAAGUUACUGGCCCACUGUCUUAGUCACUGGUUCAAUCGAUGGUACAGACAAAAACUGCUAACUGAAAGGGGUGAAAUGAUUGAAGAAGUUGCCAAGAAAAUACUAGCAAGAAAGAUGUGGAUCAGAUGGAUUCAAUAUGUUGAAUUAUGCAAAGAAAAAAGAGAAAAACAUGAAAUGGCUGACAAUCAUUGCAGAAAACGUUUAUUGAAAAUGUGUUUCACAGCAAUCCAGCUUUUCAAGAUUCAGAGAAAGUUGAAAGCAAUGAGGAAAGCUAUUUCACUGCAGUUGAAUCACAAACUGCAACAAAGAAGAGCGUGGAAUGUUUGGCUGAGCAGAUGUGAACAUAACGAGGAAUUAAGAUUAGUACCACAGUCUCGGAAAGCCAGGAAUUACUACAGGUCCAAAAUUCUGCAAGGUUGCAUACAACAAUGGUGGCAAUAUGUGCGAUGGAGAAGACAUAGACAGACACAGUACAGCAUUGCCGAUUCUCAUUACAUUGGUAAAACCUUACCAAGGUGUAUCUUCAACUGGAGAGUGUAUGUUCAGCUAAUGAAAGAAGAACACGAACAAGAUGAGAAAGCCAUCAAGUAUAGAAGGUCCAUUCUUCAUGCAAAGUAUUUCUAUGGUUGGUUGGGUAACUACCACACUAGUCAGGAUUACAGAAUGAUAGAAAGAAUGGCUAUCUUGCACUAUGACAGUGAAUUACUGAAGAGAAAGUUUAUGAAGUGGAAAGAAAGAACAAAUGAAAAGCUUCAUGAAAUGAAACAAGAGGAAAUUGCACAACAUCAUUAUCAAAAACAUCUUUGUAUGAAAUCAUUAAAAGACUGGAUUCUGUAUAAUAAAGAACUCAAGAAAAGCUACGAUCAUGAGAAGUGUGCCGUCAAACAUGACUAUGUUAAGAAGGUGUCGAGAUGCUGGUUGGCAUGGCAACAGUAUGUGGCGUAUCGUAAACAGAAAUACUUGAAAGUACUGACUGCUAAUAAUCACAAUAAUCAGAAACUGUUGAUGAGGGUUCUUACAGCAUGGAAGUUUUAUACAAAACAGUGUACAAAUACGAAACAGGUUGUAGAACAGAAGCUGGAAAACUAUAAUAUGCAACUGUCAAGGUGGGCAUUGUGGCAGUGGUAUGAAAAUGUCAAAGUUCAGAUAGAAGAUAAAGCCUCAGAAAACAAAGCAACCAAUCACUGGCAGAUCUCCCACAAAGCAAAGGUAUUCUCUGCAUGGCGUAAUUACACCAUGUCACAUAUCUGCAACAAACACUCUAAACAGCAAGAAGUUACAGAGGCAAGGGAAACUCUAGACAAAGUGAAAGUCAAGAGAGUGUUCUAUGCCUGGAUAAACACUCACAAGACUUCUAUAAGGAACAGGGAAUUACAAGAAAGAGCUGACAGACACUGGGAUAAUAAACUCUGUCAGAAAUCCUUCACAGCAUGGAUGUUGUAUAGGAAAUAUGCUAUCAGGAAACAUUUGCUGCGUAAACAGUGUAUGUGGUUACAUAACACUAGGAUUACUGCGACUUUUUUCAUAAAGUGGCGACAGCAGUAUCAUGAAGCCCAAGAAACCAACACAAAGAACACCAUGGCACUCUGGCAAUGGGCGUAUUCUGUAGAACGUAGAUGUCUACUAGCAUGGUUUUCGUAUACAUUGGAAAAGAAGCGUAAAGCGGAGCGUAUUUCCCAAGCAAUGGAUCAACGAAGGCAGAGAUUCCUAAGAAAGGGUGUGUCACAGUGGUUAAAGGUAGCCACUGAUAUAUCGGCAAAUAGAGCAACGUAUGCCGCAUCAGAACAAGCCAAGAUUGCGUACAGUACAAUGCAAGUCGUGUAUCGUUGCGCAAAUCACUGGAAAGAAUGGACAAAGCAAAGACAGCAACAAAGAGGUGGAGAACGCAAAGGAAUACUGUUACCACGGAGAAAGGUGGCUGAUUAUAUACCAACAAUCAUGACGUCAGAAUCACCAAUCAGAUCUUCAGUUCGGCAACCGCCACCUGCCGUGCAGCAACUGCCACAUGCCGUGCAUAUUGCUCAGAAGGUUAUGACUACAAAUCUUAAAAGUAGACCUAAACCAAGAAAACCAGACUUUCUUUUGGAGUCUUUACAAAAAGAAGGGCUUGUUGGGGAUAUCAGUUUUGAUGAUGGUAAUGCUGGUGCCCAUGUGGAUUUACAAACUGGGGAAAUUAAAAUUGAUCACAGACAACCAAAGUUUAGCGAUGAAAGCCAUCCUAGAUUUGAACCAAAACCAUUUACUAGCACCAUGGGAAAAUUGUAUCAUGAUAUCAGCUCAGUAUCGGGCAGUGAGACGUCGGAUGCGAUGGAGAAUGACGUUUCAACGAUAAAUGAUGCAUCGUCACCACAAAGAUUGGAGAUUCCUCCAAAGGUUGACAGCUUCAGAGAUGAUGUAGAAACAAUUCCAUCUGAAGAACCACAGGUUAUUGUGAAUGUACAUGAUAAAAUUCAGCCUGCAGUAUUAACAGAAACGCCGAGUACAGGUGCCAUGGAAACACAAUAUCCCAUAAUUCCAAUCACUGCUAUCAAUAUAACACCACCAAAAAGAGUGACUGAUGCAAACAAGAAGAUGUCCGCUAGUCCAAAGGAGAAGCCCAUUUUGCUUCCACCAUCAGCUUUCACUAUCCCUUUACAACAUGAUACAGACAUCCAUCAGCCACUCAGACAAGUUCCGGAAAUUUCAAAGGAGAUGAUUAGAAGCAGAGAGAGCAUUCUAAAAGAGAUAAUGGACAUCAAAGUACAGUUAGAGGAACACAAGAACAACACUGAAAAAAUAAAAGAUUUGCAGAAACAGAAGAAGCAGCUCUCUGAUUGGCUGGAAGAUCAACUGUCCGGUGUUAAUAUGAGUUUAAAUUUGCAAACUGAUGUAUCCCAAGUGAAAGAGGAAGUCAACAUGAUGCAGCUGGAGAUCAAUGAAUUAUCUCGUAAGAUUGCGGAAAAUAAAGACAACGUGAGGUCACUUGCCGACAAAGCAAAUUCUUUGGUGGCUCAAUUGCAGUGAAGUAUUGAAAGUAUAAUAAAUAAAUAAAUAAAUGAAGAAGAAUGGAAACAAAUUGUAAUAAUUAAUAUUUUACCAUUAUACAUGAAUAUAACCAAUAAAUUAUGUGUUGUACAUUGAUACCCCGGUACUUAACAAAACAUAAAUGUUUGUUAGAAAUAUUUAUGUACAGUAACAAUUUUACAUGAUACAUGUAUGUACAUAUCAGGUGGAAGGACAUCAUGUGCCACAUAUAAUAUAUAUAGUAGGUGAUGUUCUGUUGAAUUAAAAAAAAAUGUAUAUAUUGCCCUCUAGUGUUGAAUUAUCCUAUUACUUUGUUUAUCUGAAAUGGAAACAAGAAAAUAUUUGUUGAAUUGAAUUUUA